AUGAAAGACGCGUUUCACUGUCAAGAUUAUGAACCUUACCAACGCAACACUCCUACAGCCCGUACUCCAAGACGGUUGUUGGACCGCGCCCGUAACGGGCUUCACCCACACCUUUACAUGCUUUACCCACCUGAAGAAUGGCCACUCCCACUUGAACUUGAACGCUCACCGCCCGGCGAGGGAGCCGCCGGGGACGAAACUUAUUCGUCCGUUGAUGUACUAGUAGCCUCAACAAAUGUGGAAUCACCAGUAGCAUGUAAUUUGGAGCACACUCCAGCCACAGAAACUUGUGACUCAGAGCACUCUCCAGCAACUGAAAAAUGUGACUCGGAACAUUCUCAAAACCGGAACAUUUACACAGCUAUUGUCAGCAACUUCCAAUACAUUGUCAUACUCCACUUCACUUUGCCGCUGUUGUGA